CUUACCAGUGUAACAUCCAGCGGAAGUAAACAACACAGGAGCUAGUCACGUUAGCUGCUUUGUUCUGUGCGUGGAAGAAGUCCCUCAGUAGGACAAUAAAAAAAUCUCGCUUGUAAUUAAGCAACAAUGUCUUCAGUUCAGUGUUUGAGAGAGUUCAUCAACGAGCGACUAACUGCUGCUGCUGAAGAAAUAUUCCGAGUUUUUCAGAAAACUAUCGUCGAGUACGAGGAAGAGAUCAAUCGUCAGAGCAGACUGCUGGAUAUCGUUUGGAAACCUGAAAUAAAGUUACACCGAAUAGAACUUCUACAGCAGCAUGUCUGUGAGGAAGAGGAGGUUCUCACUGACCAGCAGCUCUGUAACCAGGAGAGGAACUCCUGUCUGGACCAAGAGGACCCAGAGCCUCCACAGAUUAAAGAGGAACAGGAGGAAGUCUACACCAGUCUGGAGGGAGAACAGCUGGUGCUGAAGCAAGAGACUGAAACCUUUAUGUGGACUCCUACUUGUGAGGAAAGUGACAACAGUGAAGAUCAGACGGAGGACUCUGAUGAAAUUCAGAGUGCAGCAGAGAAAGAGCAUGUUGUGAGCAUGUUAGUUAAAAGCUCAGUGGUAUCAGAACCAAACGGUGAUGACCAACUCCUCUCUCACAACUCUCAUGUACUUGAGAGCCAAGAUCACAAAGGAGGCAAACAUGGAGACUCAGGAUCAACUGGGAAUGCAGAGACAGAACCCAAGAAGAGACAUCACAGGAGAAAAAAUCCCACUAACAAUGAAGAGAACUCUACCACAUCAAAGAUUCACAGUAAUAUUUAUACAGGGAAAAAGUCUUUGAAAUGCAACACGUAUGGGAAAGCUUUCCAGUGCAAGUCCAAUUUGAACAAACACCUGAGAGUCCACACAGAACUUCUACAGCAGCAUGUCUGUGAGGAAGAGGAGGUUCUCACUGACCAGCAGCUCUGUAACCAGGAGAGGAACUCCAGGCUGGACCAAGACGGCCCAGAGCCUCCACAGAUUAAAGAGGAACAGGAGGAAGUCUACACCAGUCUGGAGGGAGAGCAGCUGGUGCUGAAGCAAGAGACUGAAACCUUUAUGUGGACUCCUACUUGUGAGGAAAGUGACAACAGUGAAGAUCAGACGGAGGACUCUGAUGAAACUCAGAGUGCAGCAGAGAAAGAGCAUGUUGUGAGCAUGUUAGUUAAAAGCUCAGUGGUAUCAGAACCAAACAGUGAUGACCAACUCCUCUCUCACAACUCUCAUGUACUUGAGAGCCAAGAUCACAAAGGAGGCAAACAUGGAGACUCAGGAUCAACCAGAAAUGCAGAGACAGAACCCAAGAAGAGACAUCACAGGAGAAAAAAUCCCACUAACAAUGAAGACAACUCUACCACAUCAAAGAUUCACAGUAAUAUUUAUACAGGGAAAAAGUCUUUAAAAUGCAACACGUAUGGGAAAGCUUUCAAGUGCAAGUCCAAUUUGAACAAACACCUGAGAGUCCACACAGGUGAGAAGCCGUACCCAUGUAACACUUGUGAGAAAAGCUUCUCUCACCCUAGUGGAUUAAAAGUGCAUAUGAGAAUCCACACAGGUGAGAAGCCGUACCCAUGUAACACUUGUGAGAAAAGCUUCUCUCACCCUAGUGGAUUAAAAGUGCAUAUGAGAACACACACAGGGGAGAAGCCAUACACAUGUAACAUUUGUGAGAAAAGAUUCCCCCAUCUGGGCACAUUAAAAAUGCAUAUGAGAACACACACAGGGGAGAAGCCAUACACAUGUAACAUUUGUGAGAAAAGAUUCUCUCAUCUGGGCACAUUAAAAAUGCAUAUGAGAAUACACACAGGGGAGAAGCCAUACACAUGUAACACUUGUGACAAAAUAUUCUCUCAACGUAGUGCAUUCAGUGUGCAUAUGAGAUUCCACACAGGUGAGAAGCUGUAUCCAUGUAACACUUGUGAGAAAAUAUUCUGUAAGCCUAGCACAUUAAAAGUGCAUAUGAGAAUCCACACAGGUGAGAAGCCGUACAUAUGUAACACUUGUGAGAAAAGGUUCUCUCAACUGGUCACAUUAAAACAGCAUAUGAGAACACACACAGGUGAGAAGCCGUACACAUGUAACAUUUGUGAGAAAAGAUUCUCUCAGCUGUGCACAUUAAAACACCAUAUGAGAGCACACACAGGUGAGAAGCCAUACAUAUGUAACACUUGUGAGAAAAGAUUCUCUAAACGUAGCACAUUGAAAAUUCAUAUGAGAGUCCACACAGGUGAGAAGCCGUACACAUGUCACACUUGUGAGAAAAGAUUCUUGCGUCUGCGUGCAUUAAAACUGCAUAUGAGAACCCACACAGGUGAGAAGCCGUAAAAUUGUAAAACUUGUGGAGAAGAUUUCACACGUGGAGAUGACUUGAAGAUGCACAUGAGAACACACAGUAGGAAAAGAUUUUGUCAGAUGUCAAACUCGAGAAGACACAAGAAUUAAUCCAGAUACAAAGCUAUAUAAUUACAAAACAUGAGGGAGAGCUUUGUGUUGACUUUACAAUAUACAUGAGAAGAACCUACUGCAACAUGGAAAAGAUUAUAUCAUGUCUGAAUUGGAAAAAACAGUCCACACAAGCUAGAAGCCUUGUAUUGGUGAAACGUUGCAGAGGAUUCAGUUAUUCAUGGUUAAACACACAAGAACAUAUAAUGGCAGCACAUGUUGACAAUAAACAAUCCAUGAACAGGACAAACUUCCUGAUUUAACUUGAGAUCAUUUUUUUGUUGUUUUGUUGCUAUAGAGAUGACACACAAAUAGAAGAUGAUGUACUACAUGGUGUAGUCAACACAUUUUAUUACCAAUAAAAUAUUUUUGUCAUGAUGGCUUUUCAGACUGAUACUCGUAAUUUAAUUGAUUGGAUGAUUAGGAAAACUAAAAGUGACGUUAAGUGUUAGUAAUACAUACAAUAAAUGCCUAAACAAACAUAGAUAACAAAACGCUUUGUUUCUGAUCUCAUGUAUUUAUUUUGAUAUUACCUUGCUUCAUGAGAUAAUAUUCAGGAAGUAUACCAGGUUCAUACAUAGAUAGAUGACUUUAUUAAUCCCAAAGAGAAAUUAAAGUGUUACAGCAGCCACCUGACAUAAAUCAAAAUACAAAAUACAAAAACAAUUAGGUAUAGGUAAAAGAAACAAAUAGAAUUAAAUGCUAAUAUACAAUAGCUUAAUAUACUAACUCAAAUAUAAAAAAAUGGAAUUAUUAAAAAUAGAAUAGAGACUAGAGAUAUCACUAUAAUAUACCAUUUGCUGAGUAUACACUGCUCACUGAUGUUAAUAUGCUAUAGUACACUGUACAUUAGUGCAAGACAGAUGGAUGUUGAUGAGGUAGUAAGAUGCAUGAUUGUCCAUGGAUGUUACAAUUGAGUGUAGAUUGAUACUUGAAUGAUUUACUGAAUAUAAAUACAUGUAAUAACAGUAUAUACGGACAGUAUUUUAAAGAGUAUCAAAAUAUUAACCUGAAAUAUAACAUGUGAUGGAUAAUGUAAUAAAAUAAAAAGUCCAGGUGA